CCCGCACGAUACUUCUCGAUGCUUUGUCGCGACAAAGUCCCGUGCUUUCCGUGUCCCACCGACUGCUGCGCGCGCGCACCAUCCCAUUUGCCGAAUCGACCGACCGCCCGGCCGGCCAUGUCAUGCUCCCCCCCGGUGCCCAGUGCCACUGCCAGAGAAAGCCACUGCCAAUCGCAGAGCUGUUCACAGCACAUUAUCCACCUCCAUACGACUCCACCCACAUAUGCAAUCCUUAUCGUCAACAGUUCCAGACCCCGAUGAGGCGAGGCGGGCCAGGCGACGGGUCGCCGCCGAGCAGAGGAAGCGGAUAGCCAACGCAUGUCUCGCCUGCAAAUCUCGGAAGCAGAAAUGCGACGGCCAGAAGCCCUGUAACAUCUGCAGCAGAAGAGGUGCUGAUUGCAUCUACGUUGAACAACCUCCACGGCACCUGAAGCGGCGACGCGAGAGCACCCAGACGAGCGACGGCCCCAGCGAGUGUGCCAGUGUGCGGUCGACUCGAUCGCCGUGUUCGCCGGUCCAGAAUAAGCAGAUCGAUGUCAGCCCCAAUAGUAACAACAGCAGUAAUCAUAACGUGGGCAAUGGCGACGGCACGAGCACCCUGCGCGUCGGCACUUACUAUGCGCAUCCGACAAACUCGGCUGAGGAUCUUACGACUCACCUUGUAACGAGUCGUGCGGAAACCAGCGAGGGGACCGGGACCGGGACCGGAACCGACACGGAUGACGAUAAAGUUGAGGCGCCUAUCGACCAUAAGACUCGCCUGCUCUCCGACCCUAGUGGUCGACUACUUUACAUUGGGGAGACGGGAUCUCUGUCGUUCCUUGCUCGAGUGCGGAAAACGGUGAUGGACUCGCUCGGGCAUUCGACGUUUACCUCCGACUUGGCACAGAACUCGAUCGUCGACCGACCAAUCAUCCCACGGCUUCCAUUCACCGUGGCGGGUUCGCUGCCUCCUCCUCCACAGGUGGCUACGGUGUUGAUCGACAUGUUCUUCACAAACGUCAACUGUGUGCACUAUGUCUUGGACCGCGAAGAGAUGAACCACCUCAUCUCUGUCGUGUACACCGGUGGACCCGUGCCGGCAACGGGAGCCAGAAGCCGAGACAUCGCAUUUCUAAACGCAGUUUGCGCCGUGGGGACGUUCUUCACCACACAGCCCGAAGAGAUGACUGGAGACGGGAUGCAAUACUUCGAUGCGGCCAGGACUGGGAUGGAGGAUGUGUUUGAGUCAGCGGACUUUUGGUCGGUUAGAUUGCUGCUAGUAUUUUCGUUAUACAUGCAAUAUGCGUCGAAGCGGAAUUCCUCAUGGACGUACAUCGGUCUUGCUAUCCGAGUUGCCGAAUCCCUUGGCUUGCAUCGAAUAUACUCGACAGAGCUCCCCUUUGAGCAGCACCGCUGUGACGAAAGCUACUACAGACGUCGAAGACUCGUGUUCUGGACGCUUUAUUCGCUAGAUCGAUUCACAGGAUGUUCCCUUGGACGACCGCUAGCGAUACAGGACGAAGACUGCAAUGAUCCAGUGUUUUCGACAGAACCAACGGACGAUCCAUUAACGGACUGCCGGUGUUCUGCCGAGCAGCCAGCGACCACCCACCAGAUCCAUCAGCUUGCGGCCAAGGUGCGACUUCACGUCAUAAUUGGCCAUAUCGUCAAGCUUGUCUACCUGAAAAGAAUGAUUUCCCGAGACGUUACCGAAAAGUUGAGCGCGGAGCUGAAGACAUGGUGGAAGUCUUUGCCAUCAUGUGCUUCGCUGGACAAUGACACCGAUGCUGCAGUCGUGCAACUGCACAUGGCGUACCUACAUGCCGUCAUCCUGUUAACUCGGCCUUUCCUGCAACGGGUCGUCGAAGCCUCGACUGAAGAGAUCAUGGACGACGAGAACUGCCGAUGUAACAAACGGAGAUCUUCGAGCAAGUCGAGCGUCAAGCGAAAGAUGUUGAGAUAUGCUUGGGCCUGCGUGCUAGUAGCGGAGAGGACUGUGGCCUUGGCUCAUCGGAUGCAGAGACGGGGUAGUUUACAAAGGAACGACGCUGCACUGAUUUACUAUCUGUUUACUGCGGGAUUGGUUUUGACAUUCAGUGUCCUACCACAAGUCCUGUGUCCCCGUGACAGCCACGAAAACGAAGAGGACGCCCUUGCCAAGUUCCGCAACCGAGCGCCGCGGCUGAUAGCACUUAUGGGCGAAUGCGCGAGCGUGGAGACCUGCACCGCGAAACGCUACCACAGCAUCCUAUUACACUUUAACCAGGCACUAAUCGAAGGCUACGAGCGGCGUCACCAACAACAGCAAGCCCAACGAACCAACGCGCGCGGGCUGAGCGACGUUGGGGAAGGCCCGGGGGAGCCAGACCUACUGGACGAGCUACGCUCCACCAGCAACGAAUACUUCGCGGGCACCUACCAGAGCCGUGCCGUUUCGACCGAGCCCGCAAGCCGCGAGAGUGUUGCCGCGCACGCACUGGUGUCUGUCGCAUCCAACGGCCAACACGAUCCGAACAACCAGAUCCUCCCGACCUACAUCGAUUCUAAAGGGCCCAUGGCGGGGCUCAGUAUGACGCCGGGAGUGACGGGGCAGUUCGAUUUGGGAAGCGGACCGCUGGUCAAGGCGGACACGGAUAUGUAUGCGGGCGGCGUGGACUUUUUUAAUCCCUUUGGCUGGAUGGAUCCUGGUGAUGGGGCGGGGUAUGCGGAUACUCAGACGGUCCCGUGGGAGUUCUCGUGGGACGGCCCGCCGAGUAAUUUCUUUAUGAGUGCGCAGACGGAGAUGGAGAUGAAUCCUCCGCCCGGUUAGGAGAUGUACUCAAGGAUCACAGGCAUACUUUGGGGGAAGCGGGAGGGGAGAGGGGGGAGGGAUAUAGAAUAGGCGUGGUAAUCUUAGGAGUUGGGUAUUAUUGCUUUGACUUUCAUUUAUUGCU